UUGUUAUUCCCGUAUACAAGGUGCUGUUGGGAACACAGAGGAAGUGACUGGCUGGGGGUUCAGGGAAGGCUCCGUAGAAGAGGGAACACUUGAGCUGGGUCUUGAAGGAUGAGUAGAAGCUCACCAAGUGGGAAAGGACAUUCUAGGAUGGCCGAGCCUCGAUUUAACAACCCAUACUUCUGGCCCCCUCCUCCCACCAUGCCCAGCCAGAUGGAUGGGAAAGAGAAGCUCAGAGUGGCAGGGGCCUGGCAAAGUCACAGGCCCAUAUGGGCCAAGCUCGCCUCUGUCACGCCCUCACCCCCGCCCCAACCUGCUGUCUUCAUAGGUCUGGGCCUCUCCUCCCGGACCCCGGCUGUGAGCACGUCGGAGUCAAGCGCGGGCACGGGCACCAGCACCCCGUCCACGCCCACCACCACCAGCCAGAGCCGCCUCAUCGCCUCGUCCCCCACCCUCAUCUCAGGGAUCACCAGCCCCCCACUCCUGGACUCCAUCAAGACAAUCCAGGGCCACGGCCUGCUUGGCCCCCCCAAGUCUGAACGCGGCCGCAAAAAGAUCAAGGCGGAGAACCCGGGGGGUCCACCAGUCCUCGUUGUCCCCUACCCCAUCCUUGCCUCCGGAGAGACUGCCAAGGAGGGGAAGACAUACAGGUGUAAGGUAUGCCCGCUGACCUUCUUCACCAAGUCCGAGAUGCAGAUCCACUCCAAGUCGCACACGGAGGCCAAGCCCCACAAGUGCCCGCACUGCUCCAAGUCCUUUGCCAACGCCUCCUACCUGGCCCAGCACCUGCGUAUCCACCUUGGUGUCAAGCCCUACCACUGCUCCUACUGUGACAAGUCCUUCCGGCAGCUCUCCCACCUCCAGCAGCACACCAGAAUCCACACAGGCGACAGACCCUACAAGUGCCCGCAUCCCGGCUGCGAAAAGGCUUUCACCCAGCUCUCCAACCUCCAGUCUCACCAGCGCCAGCACAACAAGGACAAGCCCUACAAGUGUCCCAACUGCUACCGGGCCUACUCGGACUCGGCCUCGCUGCAGAUCCACCUCUCGGCGCACGCCAUCAAGCACGCCAAGGCCUACUGCUGCAGCAUGUGUGGGCGGGCCUACACCUCGGAGACCUACCUGAUGAAGCACAUGUCCAAACACACGGUGGUGGAGCACCUGGUGAGCCACCACUCGCCCCAGAGGACGGAGUCCCCCGGAAUCCCGGUGCGAAUCUCCCUCAUCUGAGCCCACCGAGACGCCGCCCCGCCCGGCCCGGCUCACUGGCAGACAGACCCAGGCAGCACCAGCCCCACUUCCUCCGGGGGCCCUCCAGGAACCGCCGAGCUCUCUCGACCUUCCCAACCUUCCGGAAAGCUUGGUCCGCCGAAGCCCUGCCUGGUCCAGCUCUGGGCGGCCAGGCCAACUGCAAGAUUCCGGACUGUUUUGGUGGCAUCCAAAGACGAUCUCAGAGCACUUUGAACCUCGCUGUUGGGUUUUCUUUUUGUUCUCCGCCCUUCACUUGCUUCACUGUUUUUUUUUGUUGUUGUUGUUGUUUGUUUUUAAGUUUGUUUUGGAAAUAACGAAAAAGAUAUUUAUUGGCCAGGAAGACGGUGCUGCUAAAAGUGAGAAAUGACCAGAAUCGGACGGAUGGACGCGGAGGGCCAGAGAGCAGCGGGGACCUCUCGGGGCCGCAGGCAUGAGGGAAGGCCCAGGCCGGAGUCACUGAACUGCAGAGGGGACCCCAGCUGGGAAGGGGCAGGAGGCAGCCGAGCUAGCUCAAGCCUACGCUGUGCCCUGGGCGCCUUUGUGAGCAGAGGGGAGCGGCAGCCGCCAGGGCUGGCCAAGCCCCAGGAGGCAGGACCCAGAGCAGGGCCGGGAGAUCCACAGGACCCACGGGUGCAGCGGCGGGCGCCCCGGGCAAUGGGGCGGGGGUGAGCAGGUGAGACCGGGCCGCCCCUGUUUCCCUGAAGACCACCCCAGUCUACCUCGGUGCUGGCAGGAAACCUAUCGGCUACCUCUCCCACCACCCCAGACUGGGCAGGGGCUGGGGAGGGAGUGGGCCUGGGGCUAGGACCCGCCUCCAGAAUCCCUCCAGGUGGAGGCUGUGCCCAGGGAGGGGCUGUUUGUCUUCCCCACCAUGGACAGGAACCCCAGCCCAGGCCCUAGGCCCCUCGGCAGGGAAGGGGUCCUGGGGAGGAGGAUCCGGGGGCAGACCCUGCCCCCAGCCCCCACAGACACACCCCAAUCUGAAAGCCAUGCGUGUCCGUGUAUAUAGGAACCAUGUACAGAGCCCGGAGAAGCCCCCCACGUCCCCCCGGGAAAAAAAAAAGAAAAGACUAGACAGAAACUCAUCUAUAUAUUCUGUAUCUGGAGUUCCGUUUUGAAUAUUAACUGUGUUAUUUUUAUACACUUUUUAAGCCUUAACUCGCCAUUGAUUUUCCAGUUUAACGUUUCCUGGGGUUUCUUUACCCACGGGGUUCUCGGCCCCACCCCCACCCCUUUGUUUGCCGUCGUCGGAUACUCAGUAUUGUAGCUUUUGGUCCGCAUGUUACUGCCCUGUAAAUACGCUGUUACACAUACUGUUAACACCCCUUUGCUUUUUUCUAUGGGACCUCCAGGCCACCGUAUUUAGAACUAGUUACCUUAUUAAAAAAGAGAAAACUGUC